AUGCCUCAACCACUGGCGCCGAAGGAAGCGGCGCAGUUCCGAACCAUCAUCCGCAGUUUUGAGGACAAGCAGUACAAACGUGGCUUGAAGACGGCCGAUCUGAUCCUCAAGAAAUAUCCGCGCCACGGCGAUACGAUGGCCAUGAAGGCGCUGAUUCUCAACAGCCAAGGAAAGCCCGACGAGGCGUUCCCUCUGGCAAAGGAGGCCCUGACGGUUGAUAUGAAGUCCCACAUUUGCUGGCAUGUUUACGGACUUUUGUACCGAUCAGUCAAGAACUUCGAGGAGGCAAUCAAGGCAUACAAGUUUGCUCUCAAGCUUGAUCCCACCUCUGCCCAGAUCCAGCGAGACCUCGCCAUCCUACAAGUGCACGUUCGAGACUACCAGGGAUACAUCCAGAGCCGGAAGGCUAUGCUCCAGGCAAGGCCCCAGAUACGCUCCAGCUGGACUGCGUUGGCAAUUGCCCACCACUUGUCCGGUAACCUGACCGAGGCGGAAAAUGUUCUCACUACAUACGAGGGAACGCUCAAGUCGGCACCCUCUCGAUUCGACGGCGAACAUUCCGAGGCAGUCAUGUACAAGAACUCCAUCAUUGCCGAGCAAGGCGACUUCCAGCGGGCGCUUGAUCAUCUGGAGAGCGACGCAAAGCACAACCUGGAUCGUCUGGCAGUUUUGGAAUGCCGCGCAGACUAUCUCGCCAAGUUGGGUCGGAAGGAGGACGCUGUUCAGGCCUACCGACUUCUCAUUGAUCGCAACGCGGAGCACAUUGACUAUUACGAGAAGCUGGAACAGGCCCUGGAGAUCUCUCGGGAUGAUGCGCCUGCACGAAAAGCCAUUUACGACGAGUAUGCCGCCAAGUUCCCUCGCUGUGACAUUGCUCGACGUGUUCCUCUCGACUUUCUCAGCGGAGACGAGUUUCGGCAAGCCGCAGAGUCCUAUGUGGCUCUUAUGCUAAAUAAGGGAGUCCCGUCUCUUUUUGCCAACUUGAAACACCUUUACUCUGAUUCAUUCAAGAAGGAUACCCUGAGAGAAGUUGUCGAAAAGUACCUUACUUCUCAGGACAUUGACUCCGAGAGCAAAGACAAGGGGGAGGCUGCCGGGCUUUACUACCUGGCUCAGCACUACAACUAUCACUUGAGCCGCGACUUGGCAAAAGCUGACGAGUAUGUCGAUCGCGCCAUUGAGAAGGAUCCUAAGAGUGUCGAUUUCCAUAUGACAAAGGCCAGGAUAUUAAAGCAUGCCGGCAACAUCAAGGAAGCGGCAGAGAUGAUGGACAAGGCCAGAAAACUUGAUCUCAAGGAUCGAUACAUCAACAGCAAGUGCGCCAAAUAUCAGCUGCGAAACGGCGAGAACGAAAAGGCCCUCAAGACUGUUGGCCUCUUUACGCGGGCGGAGACUGUGGGUGGCCCCUUGGCGGAUCUCCUUGAAAUGCAGUGCAUUUGGUACUUGACGGAAGACGGAGAAGCUUACGCUAGACGGGGCAACAUUGGACUCGCUUUGAAGCGAUUCCAGGCUCUGAACAACAUUUUCGACGUUUGGCAGGAUGACCAGUUUGAUUUCCACAGCUUUUCACUAAGAAAGGGACAAAUCCGAGCCUACAUCGACAUGAUUCGCUGGGAAGACCACUUCCGUGACCACCCAGUCUACUCAAGAGUCGCUCUUGAUGCUAUUAACCUUUAUCUCGCCAUGGCGGACAAGCCAGCUGCCAAUGGAACAAACGGAGCAGAUGAAGAAGAUGCCCUUGAGAAGAAGAAGGCCGCUAAGAAGGCUAAGAAGGAGCUUCAGCGUCUGGAGAGAGAAGAGGCAGAGAGGCAAGCCAAGCAGGACCCCAACAAGGGUGGUCAGGCAGCCGAUGCGAAGAAGAAGGAUGAAGACCCUCUUGGCUUGACUUUGGCGGCGACAACUGACCCUCUUGGUGAGGCGAUGAAGUUCCUGGGACCAAUGCUGCAGGCGGGUCCUAAGAAUAUCGAUGCCCAGAUUGCUGGAUUUGAGGUUUACAUUCGCCGCAAGAAAUAUGUUCUUGCUCUGCAGUGCCUAAACCGGUCUCUGUCAAUCGAUGCUGAAAACCCCAGGGUACACGAACAAGUCGUCGCCUUCCGCAAGUUGCUUAACAACGCCCCAUCAGAUCUUCCACCCAAGGUCCUUGAAGCACUGAAAGCAGAAUUCACUGCCGUCGAUGCCACGGCGGAUCUGACAAAGUAUAACCAAGACUUCCAGGAAAAGCAUCAGGCCAGCCCUCUCCACGUGCUAUCUGCCGUCAAGGCUAGGCAAACACUAGGUGUGGAUCUUGCAAAGUGCGAGAAGGAAGUCCAUGGCCUUAUUGAACACGCCAGUGCGACAUUUACAGAUGCGAUUGCGGCGCUGGAGACUCUUAAGAGCUGGAGAAGCGCAGAGGUAGAAUCGUUCAGAAAGGCAGCACUUGCAAAGUGGCCCAACGUUACGAGGUUAUCAGAGUAA